AUGCCUCUACCCGGCGUCGUCGUUGCGGCUGCACGGGGCGGCGGGGCGGCGGAAGAAGCCGCCGGCGACAGCGGAUUCGAAGACGGGAUUCGGGAGGUAUUACAGAACCUGACGAGUGUGCUCAAGACGCUGGAGGAGACUACGGACGCGCCCCUGAGAGCCGUACUGGGGUGGUUAACGCGGCGCGACGUGGGAUUCUCCAGUAAGUCUGAUGCGUCGGUACAGUGUAUGCCACAGGAAAUUCCAGAAGAAGUGUCUUUGAUGCAGCUUGUUUGUGCUGAACCUACAAAUCCUGGUAUAAUCCAGCUCCUCGACUGGUAUCAUGGACCUCGGGAAAUUGUUAUAGUGAUGGAACUAAUGGAGUCUUCCGUGGAUCUCUCUCAGUUUGUGAAAAUGCAACGGAGUCCGCUCAGUGAGACUCAAGUGAGGAACAUCUUUCGUCAGAUUGUUAAAGCUGUACAACAUUGUCAUUCCCGAGGAGUCUUUCAUCGGGACAUCAAACCAAAAAAUAUCCUUAUUCAGAUUUCUACUGAACAGAUAAAACUAAUUGAUUUUGGGUCAGGUACUCUGCUACACAAUCAAGAAUACAUAAGAUUUUGUGGCACCUGGCUUUAUGCACCUCCAGAAUGUGUUGCACGUAAGAGUUAUGCUGCAGUUCCUACUACAGUAUGGUCCCUGGGGGUCACACUUUAUAUGAUUCUUUGUGGCCACCUUCCAUUUAAGACGUCAGAUGAAAUCAUCAAGUACAGGUUUAAUAUAACGCGUGAUCUCUCGGAAGAAUGCGAAGAUCUAAUCAGACAGUGUCUCAGCUUUUCACCCAAAUGGCGCCCCACCUUGGAAGACAUCCUAGUGCAUCAAUGGCUUUGUUGA